AUGGCCACCCUCGCUGUCGAUCCUCCAGCCUGCCAAGUCCCAGCUGCCGGUGGAACCUCUACUCACCAGCUCAACAACUCGGGAGCCACUCGUCUUGCCUUCAAGGUCAAGUCCUCGAACAACAACGAGUACCGUCUGAAGCCCGUCUUCGGAUUCAUCGAGCCUGGAGCCGGAACCGCUCUCGAGAUCACUCGUUUGGUAAGUUUUUUGAUUUGGAAGGUUUGGGUUCCUGAAAUUUUGGAAUUUAGAGACUUGGUUUUUAAAGAUAGGUUUUGUUUUAUAAUUUCUCAUUUUAUUAUUUUCAGAACGGUGCCCCCAAGGAGGACAAGAUGGUUAUCCAGUACGCCGAGGUCGCCGCCGACGCCACUGACCCUCAAGCUCCAUUCAAGGCCGGACCCCCAGCCGGUGAAGUUGUUCUUCCAGUUACUGCUGCCUAA